CUAAACAGGUUAUUAGUUUACCUACAGCUCACCUUCUUCCUUCUCUUUUAUUUUUGGGUCGAAGUCUUCUUUUGCUCUUCAGCUGAAUCAAUCAGCCCUCUUCAGCUCACCUUCGUCCUUUUCUUCUUCUCUCCUUUCAAUCGUUCUUCUGAAUUUCUCCCAGUUCUCGUGGUCCUUCCAAUCUCCAAGUCCAGGGCGGCACAGAAUCGGGUAAGAGAAAACAAAAUUGGUUUGGGAGGUUAAGCCCACCCUAAUAGUAGAUGAUCCUGGCGGCGCCUCUGUAGCUUUUAACAUGGCGGGCCUUCAGAACCGGCGGCAGAAACUGGACCCCUCUGCUGGGGUGUUUAAACGACCCCGUAUCGACUCCGAUGACAUCAUCAUUGAAAUACUGUCAAGGCUUCCAGUCAAAUCUUUACUCCGAUUUCGGUGUGUAUGCAAGUCAUGGCAUACUUUGAUCUCCGAUUCUCAGCUUGUUAGGAAGCACCUCCGCCGCGCAGUCAGAGGGGUCAAUGCUAAUAGCUGUAAGCUCCUUAUUUCAAACAGUCCUCUGUAUUCCAUAGACUACGAAGAACUGGAGGAUGUCAAUAGUUUUGUUGCAAUCAGAGAGCUUCAUUUACCAGUACCGUUAGUGCUUGACCGAAUGAGAAUUGUGGGUUCUUGCAACGGCUUGAUAUGUCUGCACGAAAACAAAGGCGACUUUUUCUUAUGGAACCCGUGUACUAGAGAUACCCUGAAGUUACCAGGAGUUACUUAUUUUCCUUCUAGUCCAAUGUUUUAUGGAUUCGGUUAUGAUUCCACCAUAGAAGAUUACAAGGUUAUAGUGGGUGGCACAUCUAGUAGUGAAAGUGGUUUGCUUACAACCACAAUUGCGCUCUUUACUCUAAAAUCGGGUUCGUGGAGGACUGUUCAAGACCUUAACUAUGUUAAAUUGAAUGGGCAGGGGUGUUUGUUAAAUGAAGCUCUGCAUUGGGUAGAGUUUGAAUGGAGGCUGGAGGCGUCUUUCUAUGUACUUAGUUCAAGAAUCAUCUCUUUUGAUUUAGCGGGGGAGAAAUUUCAGGAAAUGGUGCCAUUAUCAUCCAAUCUUAGCGACCAAAAAUAUAUCUCCAUCCGUAUUGGGACUACUACAAAUUGUCUUUUUGUAUAUAUGUUCAAUCACAGAAAUUUCAGUGAUAUUGCAAUUACAAUAUGGGUUAUGAAGGAAUAUGGGGUCAAAGAAUCUUGGACUAAAAUCAUAGACAUUCCGUCGAAGCCUUCUCGUCCACUUGAAGGAGUAUUUUUUCUGAAUCUUAUAUGUAUUUUCGAGAGCGGUGAAGUUUGCAUGAGUUGUGCAGGUGGCUUGGUAUCAUAUAAUCCAAAGGAAAAUACAUUUAGGAGUGUUCUUAGCUCGCCUGUUAUUUGGUUGCCUGAAGCAAUUAUGUACGUAGAGACUUUGGUUUCACCAGUAGUUGAAAGUUGGGCAGACAUCUGAGACCAACAAUACUCCAGGUGCCUGUAACUGCAGCAAUUUGCCAUGUAAUAAACACAAUAAGCUUUGUCCUUUCCUCCUCCAUUUUGUUAAUUUCAGUGAAGUUAUUCCGUCAGAUCAAUUUGAGCUUGGUUUGCUAUUGUUUCUCAUUUUAGAUUUCAACUGUUUUGGAUCAAGUUUUGCGUGAUGAGGGGGUCCCAAGGCUGGGAAAUUGCUUGGACUGGAAAAAUUAGCAAGCAAUGUGCAGGCUUUACUUUAAAGAAGUAUCAACAGGACUAGCCAACCCGACUUGGAAGUCGAUGAAGGAGAUGGUUACCUUUGCCAGGACCUGCUGAGUUUGAACGAGAUCCGUUGUGGAACUUCCAUGUUAGAGAUUUGAAGUAUAUCCUUUGUAAAGUUGUUGAAGAGGAUGGA